AUGUAUGAAGUGAAAGUAUCUAAGGAUGAAUUGGGCUGUAGUAGUCGUAUUUCGUUUUGCCAGGCUUGUUUAAGUUCAGAUAGAAAUUUAUUUCCAGUUGAUCAAAAUCAUGAUAAUAUUUUCAAAAAUAUUUUAGAAAUGACAUUACCACAACCGAUUCUCCUAUGUUGGGAAUGCAUGGCCAUUGUCAAAAACAUAAAAAGUUUUAAAUCAAAAUUAGAAGAGGCACAGAAAACCUUAGCACACCAUUACGCUAAUAAUCAGAGAUCUGUACUAAAAUCUCUAUCAAAAUUAACAAAAGCAUACUCAGAUCACACAAUAAAUAUAACUUUCAAUGAAGAUGAAGAAGAAUGUAAGCAGAAAAUAGAAAUUAAAGUAGAAAAUCAAUCCGAUGAAAAUUAUAAUAAUUAUGAACAAAACAACGACCUUUGCCUCAACCACGAAAUUAAAAAAGAAGAGACCAUAGAUACUAGUAAAACUGUCAAGAAAAACAAAGCACCCCAUUACAAGAUUGUCUAUGAACAAUAUUCGAAAAAGGAUCUGAGAAAGAAGUUUGCUAUAAAAACAGAGGAGUUGAGUUUGUGGUUGGAGAAUGAGAAAAAAAGCGAAUUUUAUAAGAAGUUCAAGUUUAAAUGUAAGCUUUGUAUGAAUGGAUAUAAAAUUAAGGAGAAAUUGAAAACUCAUAUCUUAAAACGACAUGAUGAAUCUAUAGGUCCGCAUAAAUGUGAAGUAUGCAACAUGUAUUUUGAGAAUGAGACUACACUGAAGAGUCAUUCAAGAUCGCACAUGUUUGCGUGGGAAUGUAUCAAAUGCGGGUUCCAAUGUUACUCAGUACGGAGAUUGAAUUCGCAUGUAAACACACAUAGGACUGUUCGAUGCGUCUAUUGUGACGCUGAAUUUCACGAUAUAUCAUCGUUCUACGUGCACUACAAAUCUCUACACAGCGUGUUCCUAUGCGAUCACUGUGGGAAGCGGUGUAAAACUAAAUAUAUGCUUGAGAAACAUAUGAGUCGUCACGCAGACACGCACAUAUGUUCGACUUGUAGCCGGAAAUACAAAACAAGAGCCGCGUUACGCAAACAUUACGCCUUGAAGCACGCUCCGUGCUCAGCAGAGCAGGCGUACUGUGUUCUAUGUGACAAACAGUACGCGAGCGAGUACGUGUACAGGCGACACGUACAUACUAGCGUCGCGCACACACGGGAAAGGGAUAUGCAAGUAAAAAAGAAGUAUCCAUGUCCGGACUGCAGUAACACGUACUCGAGGCGCGCGUACAUGAUGAAUCACCACCGACAUGUCCAUAUGAACCAGUCUAAACACUACUGCAGCACAUGUGAAAGGCACUUUCUAAACAGAACACGAUACAUAGACCACAUGAGGUAUAACCAUGAAGGGGUCAAGAAAGAAAAGAACAAACUGUGCAAUAUUUGUGGCAGGGGUUUUGCGGCCAAUCGAACUCUGAUGAAUCAUAUGCGUACCCAUUCCGGGGAGAGGCCGUACGAAUGUCAAUAUUGUUCGUCCAAGUUCACACAACGGACUUCAAUGCUGUCCCAUAUUAAAUAUAUACAUUUGAAGACUAAACGGGGUCAGGAGUGGCACCAAUAA